AACCAAGAGUCACCCACACCACUCACUGCCUUUUUACCAUCCCUCAGUUAUGCUGAUUCCUUCUUUUUGUCAUGCUGCAGCUCAAGGAUCGCACUGGAUCUAGCCGUCAAGCUCUCAAGAAGUAUGUCCGUGCCAACAACACCAUCGGCAACGUCACCGACAACAUGUUCGACUCGCUCUUCAACAAGGCCUUGAAGAACGGUGUCGACAAGGGUAUCUUUGAGCAGCCCAAGGGUCCUUCCGGUGGCACCAAGCUCGCCAAGAAGGUUGCUAAGCCUGCUCCCAAGAAGGCUGCUGCCAAGAAGGAGGGUGCUCCCAAGAAGGAGACCAAGGAGACCAAGCCUGCCGCUAAGAAGGAGGGUGCCGCCAAGAAGGAGACCAAGGAGAAGAAGGCUCCUGCCGCCAAGAAGGCCGCUGCCCCCAAGAAGGCUGCCGCUCCCAAGAAGGAGACCAAGGAGAAGAAGGCCGCUGCCCCCAAGAAGAAGGCCGCUGCUCCUGCCGUUGCCGACAAGGAGACCGUCCUCACCAAGACCAAGUCCGGUCGUGUCGCCAAGAGCACCGCUAAGCCUGCCGCCGCCAAGAAGGCCGCUGCUCCCAAGAAGGCUGCCGCCAGCAAGAAGGCCGAGAAGGCCGAGCCUGCUGCUGAGAAGGCAUAAACUCGUCCUAUCAGGAUGAAGUUUUUGUCUUUUUUUGCGCCUUGCGGUCUUCUCAUGAUGUCUUUAGUCAUUUUUUUUCACCACCACUUGCGACGUGACGGGUUUACUCGAAAGGCGUUUGGCGGAAUCAUAUUGCUUGGGAACACUAUCAACAUAAGGAGGGGUUCAUUGGUCUACUACUAAACGCGUUUUGCUUUUUUUUCACAACAUCGCCACAGCGCGCGGGGGGGGUAGCUUCUUGUUUCUGGCUUUCAUGUAUCUUGGAUUCACACAUUACUCAUCGGGAGGAGGUUGAAUCGUUUGUGGUGAAACACGACGGAGGGUUAGAGAGAGGCCGGCUGGUUUGGGCUACAACCUAUGGAUGAUUG